AUUUAUUCCCCAUUCUGAUAUUUGGUCUGAUCAACAGCUGAACCUCUUGACCACGUCUGCAUGCGUUUAUUCAUUUAGUUGCUGCCACAUGAUUGGCUGAUUAAAUAUUUGCACAAAUAUUUAACAAGCAUUACCUAAUAAAUUAGUCACUGAGUGUAUAUACGGCAUAUCUCAAUUACUCAUUGCGACAAAUAUACAGGUCAUCUGUUGUUGUGUACUGACUUUACCUCCCCCCCCGCUGUAUGCUGCCAUUCUCCAUAGACUUUGAACAGGGGCCACCUUUGCCACUGUCGCAAGUAGAUGGUGUGAACGGGGCGUAAUUAUCUGCAGCAGUAGUAAAGAUCCACAGCAGUAGUAAAGUUUAUAGACAGUAAUCUCCUCACCGCAAUACCAGCAGAGGGCCCUCUUUGUUCAAUAUCAACAUUUCUUCCUUUCUAGUGAUAUGGAGUAAUAUAGUCCAAAAAGUGCCCCGUACGGAAAAUAUGGUAACAGAGUAAGCAAACAAGCCAGUGAGUUUGCUUUAGUCUGCAAGUGGAAGUGCAGUGGAGAAGUGCCCACACUUCAUCUGCAGUCUUGCUGGUGUGGCUGAGAGUGGUGCACUUUUUAAUCCACUGUAUUACAUUCAAGAUGCUGAAUGUUUACCAGUGAAUAUGUAAUAGUAAUUGAAGCGACACUUGUUUCCACUUUUGGUAAUGCCAAGAGACAUUCAAAUGCGCAGAUUAGCAUCCGACAAGUGUCCUAGCGUUUGUGUUUGCUUUCGGCGCUCUUUAUGUCUUGGUGAUAUUUCAUUUUACUAAAAAUCUCACAUUCCCUCAAUCGUUUUAUUCCGUGUCUAUAUUUCGUGAGUAGGUUUUAGCAGGACAGGCAGAUUUUUUCCCCCAUGGAUCCGUUCAAAGAGGAAAGUGCUCCGCUCAUCAGCCGGGAGAGGACGGGCAGCCAGAGGUCCGGCUCGGAGUUCGGCAUGCAGGUCCAUCUCUACUUCAGCCCGCUGCAGGAGGGGGAAGCCAGCCUGUGCUUUUCCCCCGGGGAGAUCACCGCCGAAGAGGUCUGCACCGCCGCUGCCAAGGAAUGUGGAAUACUACCUGUGUUCCACAGUCUCUUUGCAUUGGCUUCAGAAGAUCUCUCUUACUGGUUCCCUCCCAACCACAAGUUCAGUCCAAAUGAAUAUGCAAUCAUCGUUGUUCACUACAGAGUCAGGUUUCUUUUCUCAAACUGGUAUGGGCAGGGAAGCAAGAAGACAUAUCGUUACAGCAUCACAAGAAACAGUGUCAAUGUUGCAUUGGACUACUGUGUCAUUGAUUAUCUUUUUGCUCAGUCACGCAGCGACUUCGUGAGCGGGCAGAUGGGGAUCUCUCCCCCUCUCAGCGCGCAGGAGGAGUGCCUCGGCCUGGCCGUGCUGGACCUGUGGCGCAUGGCUAAAGAGCGCAGUCAGAGCCUGAAGGACGUCAGCAAGACCGUAAGCUACAAGUCGUGCCUGCCGGAGACCCACCGGCAGGACAUCCAGCGGCGGCACCGGAUCUCGCGCUACCGCAUACGCAGCAUGCUGAAGCACUUCCUCCGCAAGCUCGGCCGCUGCCCGGCGGGCGACCACAGCCUGAAGAUCAAGUACCUGAUCGAGCUGGCGGCGAUGGAGCCCUGCCACGGCACGGAGAGCUUCCUGGUGCGCGACCCCGGGUGGCAGCAGAAGGGAGAGGAGACCAGGACCACGCUCCUGCAGGUGUCGGGCGAGAACGGCAUACGGACCAGAGUCGACGACGUCCAGGAGUGGCAGACAUUUUGUGAUUUCCCACAGAUCGUAGACAUCAGCCUCAAGGACUGUCGAGAACAGGAAUCUCUGGAGAGCAGGGUGGUUACUGUGACCAGGCUGGAUGACAGAUGCUUGGAGGCAGAGUUCAAAACCGUGACGGAGGCCCUGUCGUUUGUGUCACUCGUCGACGGCUAUUUCAGGCUUACCACGGACUCUAGUCACUUCUUCUGUCAGGAAGUCGCCCCACCGAGUUUGCUCAGUGACAUCAGAAACCACUGUCAUGGGCCAAUCACGUCAGAGAUUGCCGUCCACAAGCUGAAAAAGGCUGGGCCAAAGAAUGGCAUGUUCCUCCUCCGACAUAGUCCCAAAGACUACGACAAGUACUUCCUUACCGUCUGUGUUCAGUCUCCCCUUGGAAUGGACUUCAAAGACUGUCUGAUCAAGCAGGGCAAGGAGUUUCAUCUCUCUGGAGUCCACACCUUCUUCUUAAGCCUUGGGGAACUUGUAGCCUUCUAUCAAACAAAUGAGUUUUUUCUGGCAGAGGUGCCCGUCAAGUUAACAAAAUGUUGUCCACCUCAACCAAAAGAGUACACGAACAUGAUCAUCAUAAGGAACAGUUGUUCGGCAGAGGCCGUGGGGUCACCGACUCUCUCCAGACACAAGGCCGGCCAUGUCCAGUUCCAGAUGAUGAAGUAUGAAGACCUUCAGUGGGGGGAGAACCUGGGACAAGGAUCCUUCACCCGCAUCUACAAAGGUGGCAAGACGGACAUCCGGGAAGGGGAGAAGCACGUGACAGAUGUCUUGCUAAAAGUUCUGGACAGCAGUCAUAAAGACUUCUGGGAGUCAUUCUUUGAGGCUGCCAGCCUGAUGAGCCAGAUUUCACACAAGCACCUGCUCCUGGUCUACGGAAUAAGCAUCCACAGAUCCAAGAACAUCGUAGUGCAGGAGUUUGUGAAGUGUGGCGCCCUGGACCUGUACCUCAGGAAACGAGCACGGUCUGUUCCUGUCAGUUGGAAACUGGAUGUGGCCAAACAGCUGGCCUGCGUGCUCAACUUCCUGGAGGAAAAAAACAUAGUUCAUGGGAAUAUUUGUGCCAAAAAUCUGCUUUUGGCCAGAGAGGGGGACACCUCAGGGACAUCUCCCUUUAUCAAGCUCAGUGACCCUGGGAUCAGUUUCACCGUUCUGGACAGAGAUGUGCUGCUGGACAGGAUCCCAUGGGUGGCUCCUGAAGUGCUGAAGGCUCCAGACAGUCUGAAGCUGGAGUGUGACAAGUGGAGCUUUGGAACAACAUUGUGGGAGAUCUUCAAUGGUGGGAGUGCACCUCUUCAUGGGCAGGAACCUCAGCAGAAGCUGCAGUUCUACGAGAAUCUUCAGCAGCUGCCGUCCUCGGAAUGGGCGGAGUUGGCGGAUCUGAUUGGACAGUGCAUGGACUACGAUCCCGCGCUGCGGCCCUCCUGCCGUGUCAUAAUUCGCCAGCUGAACAGUCUCAUAACCUCGGACUACGUGCUCCUGUGUAACCCUCAAGCAAGCACAGCCCCCGAGAAGGAUAGCUUCUGGAGAGUUCUGAACGCCUCUUACCAGCGGGAGCCUCUGUACGAGGAAAGGCACCUACGAUACAUCGCCCCCCUGGGAAAGGGAAAUUUUGGUAGUGUGGAGCUGUGCCGCUAUGACCCACUGGGAGACAACACGGGAGAGUUGAUUGCCGUGAAAAAGCUACAGCCCCACAAACAGUCGAAUAUGGCUGACUUCCAGAAAGAGAUUCACACCAUCAGCUCCUUGCACUGUGACUAUAUUGUCAAGUACAGGGGCAUCUGCUACAGUAUGGGCCGUCUCAGCAUGAGUUUGGUGAUGGAGUACUUGCCCUACGGCAGUUUGAUUGGAUACCUGGAGAAGAACCAGCAGCGUGUCAACAGCAAGAGGCUUCUGCUCUUUGCUUCACAGAUAUGCGAGGGAAUGGAGUACCUGCAGGGCGUGAGGUACGUCCACCGGGACCUGGCUGCCCGGAACAUUCUGGUGGCAAGCGAAACUCUCGUCAAAAUAGCAGACUUUGGGCUGACCAAGAUCCUCCCUGUUGACAAGGAGUAUUACCGUGUGACACACCCAAAAGAAAGCCCCAUUUUCUGGUAUGCUCCAGAGUCCAUCACCGACUUCAAGUUCUCACACAAGUCUGACGUGUGGAGCUUCGGGAUUGUUAUGCAUGAGCUCUUUAGCUACUGUGAGCACACCCAGAACCCCAAGAGGUUAUGUCUCCAGAGGAUUGGGAACGCCAUGCAGAGUCCUUCCAUCUCAAUGCACCUGGCCAGUAUCCUCAAGGAAGGUUGGAGGCUACCAGCCCCAUCACACUGCUUGCCGAAGGUAUAUGACAUGAUGUGUGACUGCUGGGCCUACAAUUCGGAGGACAGGCCGGCGUUUUCCCGCCUGGAGGAGCAGAUCAAGGCCAUUAUCCAAGAUGACAGAGAAGGUUCCAAAGGCUGAAAGCAAAAUGGCCACCCCUACCGACCUAUGACUUCUGUUUUCUAGCUAUUUUCAGCAUUUACAAAGGUUGUUUUUACUUUAACAGACAUACAAUAACUGUAUUUUAUUUAUUAAUAAUUAACUUUUGUUUCUGUGUUAUUGGUUUUCUGAUAUGAUAUUUUGUAUUCAAGUACAUUUCUCUAAUCUUUUAUCUUAUUUUUUUAGUUACUUAUUAACCAGAUAUGUAGGUGUGUGUGGGGGAUUCAUGUGUUUGAGAGAAACUUGAAACUUGUGAGAAAUUCAGCUGUUUACAUUUACGCCCCACACAUGACAUGCCACGUAUUCAUCUUCGAACUAACUUUCUCUGUGUUUCACUCUUACCGACAGCAUCUCAUACAAACCCUUUUUUUAUAUUAAACAAAUAUCUCAUGUUA